AGAGAGAGAAAGAGAAAAUGAAAGAAAUAACGGUUAUCUUGGUCUAUCUUUUUAGCCCUAGACACAACGAAUCGUACUUCUCGUGUUCAAAGUAUUACCCUUCGGAACAUCGUCUGACCGAAUUGUUCGAUGCAAAGAAAAAGAGGAUGUACCCUGAUCUGCGGAAGGAAAACUUGCCAGUCGAAUACAGCAGCAAAUCAUCGAAAAGUAGCAGCGAUAUAUCCGUAAAGUACGGUCACGCGUUCAGAAUUAUUGUUGCAAGUAUAUUAUCGAAUGACAACUUAAUAAAUUCUAUUUUCAGGCUAAAUUCUAUGUUCAAAAAUGCGAUCGAUCGAAAGCACCGUGAGACAUUGAGAAACGAAAAUUUCCAAGUGCAUCAUAGGAACGCGAUAUCGGUUCCGUUGUUUCCGAGGAAGAGAUACGCUAAAUGUGGGAAAAGAUCGAGGAGAAGCUCGAAGAACGCUGAAACUAUCAAGAUGAGCCCGGCGUGUAAGAAAUUCACGAAAACUAUAGACGAUUGCAAAAAGUAUUUGAAAGAGUUACACGACAGCAACAAAAAUCUUGGAUUAGUCUGUAGCUCGUCCGAGAUGAGCAAUGAAUCGUCGAUAAAAAAUUUUUGGUCGGAUACACAGGUAAAAAUGAACAAGUUAUUAUAUUUGGAGACAAAAUUGUCCGAGGUCGUCAAUGAUUGUGUUUAAU